AUGCCCACUGCGGCCCCCUGCAGCCCCCUUACGAAGGCCCGUUCAAGGUUAUACGUCACGGGGACAAGAGCCUGGUGGUGGACGUUGGUAGCAGGCCUGAGACUGUGUCCGUCGACAGGAUUAAUCCUGCUCAUGUGGACGUUUCCUGGCCGAUGGAGUUGGCUCUGCCCCCACGUCGGGCCGUCCUCCAAUGCCCCGCCCCCCACCCCCUGUAGGGAGGCCCUCACCCUCGUUGGCGCGCCGGGGUCGGGUGGUCCUUCCUCCCCGACUUUAACCAGGCUUCGACACCUCAGUGUGCUGGACAAUAAGCUGGAAGAGGUCCCUGCUGAGCUGGGUCAUCUCACAAGUUUGACUGAGAUAAACUUCACUUCCAAUAAUUUACCCUCGCUCCCAAUGCAGCUGUACCAGUGUAAAGAAAUAACCAAGUUGCAUGUAGCCAGAAACAAGCUGACCAGCCUACCAGAGGGAAUCAAGGCACUGACAAAACUCCAAGUUCUGGAUGUAGCUGGGAACAAGUUGUCUAUGUUCCCUGUUGAGUUUGACAGUCUGCCGCUGAAGGAGCUGUACCAUGAGGACAACAGGUUUGUGCGCUGUGAGCCGAUGUCAUCAGUGCAGGAUGUGGAGGUGCUUAUGUUGAAGGAACUAGCUGCUAGGUUUGUCUUGCAGCAGGACAGGGACAUGUCCUCUCUGGUCCACAGGAUGCUUCCCUACUAUCCUCCCCUGCCUGAACUGUUGGCCAAUGGCAGCUGCUGUGCGCUCUGCCUGAACCCCUUCCUCACCACCUGGCUGGAGUGUGUGCAUUUUGUCAGUGUGAACAAGGAGACGAAAAUUAGGAGUUCAAAGACCAUUCCAGUGCGCGCCUUUCUUUGUUCAUACAAGUGCUUCAAUACUGAGGGACAUUCCUACUAUGGUGUUGCUAGAAAAUAA